CUGAUUUGGUUGAAACGCUUUUAUUGUGAAAUUGCAGGAAGUCCUCUGUAUCACUCUCGCUGAUUGACCAUCUUCGCGCUGUUUCAUUAUGGUAGUCGUCCCAACAAGCAGCUCCUGAAGCAGGACUCCAGACCAGAUUAUAGCAGAUACAGCCGAGCUGCCGAUCGACAUUUCUGCCUUUAGUUCACCUCCAACAGCCGGCUGGACUACAUCGACAUUUUCUUCCAGCUAGACGUGAGGAGAGAGGGACCUGUACAUGGCACCCGGCUGCUCGGCCCUCCUACCCUCUCCCGGUACCGUGCAACUGCAGCAUCCGUCAUCUCCAUCAGCCUCCAUCUAACGGGAUGCCGGAGGGAACCCAGCCUCCCCACGUACAGGCACGCUGAGGCGACGUUCAAGGACUGCAGGAAUUCCUACAACCUUGGUGACAUGGAGAUUUAAAGGGACUAAAGUUUUCUUGAGUGAGACUUUCCUGUGAAUCCGAACCGUGGGAGGGCACAGUGAGACACACAGAAGCCCUGGAGCUGGGGGGAACUUGCUCAGGGGUACUUUGGCAGCGUGAUGACUGAACCUGGUGGACUCUACCCUUCACCUCAAAUCAGAUGAAUGAGAAGUCUCUGAACAAUGAGAAAUGUGGCUGUCUAAAGUACAAAUAUAGAUACUAUUUUUUCUAUAUUUGUAUAAUAAGGUGCAGUUUUGUGUGAAACUGAUACAUUAUCAGGUCAUCAUAUCCCCCAGAGCAGACACCUUGAUCAUUGUGACAUCAUGAUGGUGGAAGCCCCUGUCCCCUUGUGUCUCAGGACUACUGCGGUCUAACACACAUUCUGGUUCCCCUGUGGGAAGGAAGGAAGUACCUGGAGAGAACGUGGUGGUCCCCCAGCACCAUGGACUACCACGCCGAGUGCUGCUUCUGCGACCCAGAGGAGGGUCACGGUGGCCCAGAUGAGCUGCCGCUCCACAGUAUUCACGCGCCCAACCGCAUCCGGCCGUCCUCAUACCGAGCCCUGCGGAGCGCUGUGUCCAGUCUGGCCCGCAUCGACGACUUCUUCUGUGAGAAGAUCGGUUCAGGCUUCUUCUCUGAGGUCUUCAAGGUGCAGCAUCGGAUCACAGGGCAGGUGAUGGCACUGAAAAUGAACACACUGGCUAGCAACAAAGCUAACAUGCUACGAGAAGUGCAGCUUAUGAACCGGCUUUGCCAUCCCAACAUACUCAGGUUUCUUGGGGUUUGUGUGCAUGAAGGUCAACUCCACGCUCUGACUGAGUAUAUAAAUGGAGGCAGCCUGGAGCAGCUGCUGGACAGUGAUCUUUACCUGUCAUGGUCCGUCAGGAUGGGCCUGUCUCUGGAUAUCGCCAGAGGGCUGCAUUACCUGCACAACAAGGGAAUCUUCCACAGAGACCUCACCUCAAAGAACUGUCUGGUUCGCUGUGAUGGCGUCAUGUUCACGGCUGUGGUGGGAGACUUCGGCCUGGCAGAGAAGAUCCCUGAUUACAGUGAUGGUGUGGGGAAGCAGCCUCUGGCCAUCGUGGGCUCCCCCUACUGGAUGGCCCCUGAAGUUCUGAGAGGGGAGCUGUACGAUGAGAAGGUGGAUGUGUUUGCGUACGGCAUCAUCCUGUGUGAGAUCAUUGCCCGGAUUGAAGCUGAUCCAGACUUCUUACCCAGGACAGAGGACUUUGGUCUGGACGUGGAUGCAUUUGAGAGCAUGAUUGGGGAUUGUCCAGCGGCGUUCUUUAGCCUCGCUGUCACCUGCUGUAAUAUGAGUGCAGAGAGGCGUCCCUCGUUCCUUCACAUCGUUUUCACACUGGAGGGCAUAGAAGAGAGAGAGAAGCCCGUUGCGCUCGAACCGCUGGCAGUAGAUGUCAGCCCGUACCGGCGCCGCAGCUCUCCUUGUCACCCCGGUGACUGCAGCCACCGACGGCAAGUCUUGGCGAGGAGUCAGUCGGACAUGUUACCCCCGGCAACCCUGAUCCCUCCUCUCCUCGGGACCCCUGCCCGGGUCAACCCCUUCUCUCUUAGACAGGACCUGAAUGGGGGGCGCUGUAAACUCUUAGACACACCUAGCAAGUCUGUCAUCUCGCUGACCUUCACCCUCCCGGCGCUUCGUGACCCGUGUUCCUCCCCCCACCUUCUCAGAGCUCUGCCGAGGAGAUGCCAAUCGCUGCCCUGCACUCCAGAGCUAAGCCGGACUGUCGCGUCGCCAAGGGACACGGAGAGGAGGGAGGAGGAAGAGGACGAGGACGUCAGUGCGGCGAUUACAAGAGGGUCGUGGGAGGGUGUGGAGGACAAUAGGAGGAAGAAGACAGAUGAGAGGUUACAGGUGGAACAAAUGGAGAUAUGUGAGAAGAGAGAGUUGUUACAGGAGGAGGAUCCAGGUCUUCCUGUGGAGCUGGAGAUGGUGUCUCUGGAGCGACUAGAGGAGGAAGAGGAGGAGGAAGAGGAGAGGGUAUGUCUAACAGAACCCAUGGACUGUGCCAAGUCUCCUGAGCCAGCAGACCCCACACCUGGAGGCAGCCUGCGCCACUCUUCCUCCUCACAGACCAAUGGCUGUCCCAUCUCCUACGGCCCUCCCUCCCUGCCUGCUCUGCCACGACUGGACAACAACAACGGCUCAGCCCUUGUGAUGGUCCAGCAGGUGCAGUGGGGUGGAGGGGGCCGUGCUAAUGGUUACAGCGGAGUGCCGGUCCAGUCCUCUGACCCCGGCGGGCCCUCUGAGCAGGAUGAGGUCAUUUCCUGUCCAGGCUGCUGUCUGGUGGGUCUGACUUUUCCCUCAGUGUGCCUCCGUGGUUCAGCUGCCAUGUCUGCCUCCCGCCGAAGAGCUUCGUUACCACGGCAGCGACCCUACCGGAACCUCAACGGUACCAUAACCGGUGGCAGCACUUCCUCAACGUCAACAGCCGCCACGGCAACCAAAGGUUUGCUGUGUCGCGGCACCAAUGGACUGACGGUGGGGGGGCCGUCGGCACCAUGUGAGCCGGGCCGCUCCCUGCCCGAGGCCCAGACGUGACGUGUGACAUGCACCAGCACUGAAUGUUAGCGGACUCACACUUAAUGCUGCUAUGCUAACACUGAGACCAGCCUGUGACAUGUGUUGUUAGUGCUGCUGUGCUGUAACAGAAGAGCUGAGCGGGCUAUACACUGAACUCUGCUGCUCAUCCAAACACAGUGAUGCACCAACUGUGCUGCGUCGUGUGUGGCUGAUUUAACCUACACUUAGUUUAUUACAACUUCGGUCUUAUUUUCGUAGUUGUGGUGGUCAUUUCGAUCAGUAAUAAUAACAGUGUACUCACAGUGAAUUGCAGAGAUCUGUGAACUUGUGACUCCUACUCAUAAAAUAACUGAUGGAUGCUAGUCACUGUUUGUUUCAAGCUAUUGUAGUGAGGUCACCCUGUUCCCACUUCUCAGCAAUUACUUAAAUAGUAUAGACAUAAAUGAUGAUCCAAACUACAA